UAUGCCUCAAUAACCAAAAGGUUUCACUUGGACUUAAACAACAAGUACUUUAAAAACUAAAAACAUAUACUAAAGUCUUAUCUAAAGAGUUACUCCAAAUCUAGGACCAGUUUAUUUGAAAAUUGAUACAGAAAGAGAAUUCCAACACACAAAUGAUUUAGGAUGGAAUUGGCAUAAAAGUUGGAACAUACCAAACAUCUCUGUUAAAUUAUCAUUACAAAAUGAUUAAUGUGCAUAAUGGAUAAAUUGUUAGGUAAUUGAAAAAUAGAAUAUAUAUAUAUAGGUUCAACUCAUGGCAGUGAAACUAUUAUAACCUGAUCUAUUUGAAGAAGUAGGAUUAGAAGGAACAACAAUACGUGAAUUAAUAGAUGGCAGAGCAUUUUUCACAGUAAAUUAAUUAAACGAUUUUAGGGUGUAAAAUUUAAUAGCACUACUUAUAAUCACUAAGGACAUAGAUUUCAAUUAAUUUUAGUAAUUAAAGAAAAUGAAAACAUUAUACUUUCUUUACAAUCUCCUCCUAUAUUUGUAGACAGUAGAAAAAGUGCUCGUGAUGAACACAGAUAAAUAUAAUAUAUAUCAUUAUUUGAUCCAAAAUACUUAGAACGUAGUUUUUGUAAGAAGGAGAAGUAUUAAAAUGAUAUUGUUGAUGCACCUAUAGAUAAUAAUGAAAAUGGAUUACAUAAUUAUUUAACUGCUCCAAAUAUAAGAAAUAAAGUAAAGAAUUUACUAUUCUUUAGAUUAAACAUCCUUUCUUUUUAGCUUUAAAGUUUUCAAGAUGUUUUAGUAUUUAUUAUUCUGGUAAUUCUCAAGUUGAAAAUCAUCUUAUUGAAUUUUAAAAGCAACUUAUGUCAAAAUCUCAAAUUUCAUAAUAUUCAUUAGUGUUUUAAUCAAAUAAUAAUAGAAUUAAAAGAAAAGUACAUAUAUUUUUAUAAUAAAUAAAAGAUUUAGGAUUCAUUAAUUUAAUUAUUUGGUUAGAAUAAGAUAUAAGUAAUUGAGAAGAAACAUUUAAAUGAAGUAAUAUAUAAAAAAAUAGAAUUGAAUUAAGAUGACUAUAAGUAAGUUUAUAAUUAAUUAAAUCUUUUAAUGUAAUCAAUAAAUGGAGAAUAAUAAAAUUAAUAAUAAGAUUUUAAAUAAGAAUAAUAGGAAGCAAUUGAAAUUGAAGGAUAAUUAUAGAUUAAACAAUAAUUCAAUCAUAUGGAACGAAAGUCAGCUUUCAGAAAAUAUAAAGAUUUUGAAAAGUUACCAACUAAAACUUUUGAAGAUGAGAAAUAAGAAAUAUUAAAUAAUAAACUAGAAAUUGAAAAUUAUGAUAAAAUUCAAAAAAUAAUAAAGAUUGAAGAGAAUAAUAAUAAUUAAUUAUUAAACUAAUAAUAAUAAAUUGUAUAAAAUAUUUAAGGAAAUUAAAUCAAUUAAUUAAAUUCUAAUGUAAUAAUAUAUAUAUAUUUAUAUAGUUUUCAUAUUUGUUUUAGUAAAAGAUUUAAGAAUAACUUAUAUAAUUUUAUUUAAUUUAGUAAUAAUAUUUAUUACAUUAAAUAAAAUCUUCUAUGUGA